CGUGUUUUGUGACGAGUGCUCUGCAUCGCCUCGACAAAAUAUCUCGCCAUUCUUCGUUGUAGAGAGAGAUGGGAAGCAGCGGAGCUCUGCUCUCCCACCUUGGCCUCCGCGAGUUCCGCUGGAGGGAUCCAGCCCAGCUGCAGUUCAGCUCGCCAAGGAACCGCAUAGCCACUUCUACCAGUUUCAGGCCGGUAGCGGCGGCUCGGAAGCCCCGUGAGUGUCGGGUCUUUUGUUCUGCUCUCCAGGACGAUGUUAAAGAGCAGGAGCAACAGCAGCAGCAGCAGCUUGGUGCCGCCGGAACUUUCAUUGAAGCAAAGCCCGAUAACACACUCAAAGAAACACCAGAAAAUUUGAGAAAGGAAAAUGAUGGGAGCCCUAUUUACAAUUUCCUCUAUCCUGGUAAAGAACUUCUUCCAGAUGACAAAGAGAUGAGUAUCUUCGAUCAUUUAGAAGAGCUCCGCGAGAGAAUAUUUGCAUCUAUUUUGGCGGUUGGAGUUGCCAUGCUAGGCUGCUUUGCAUUUUCCAAAGAAUUGAUUUUGUUUCUUGAAGCCCCUGUUGCUGUUCAGGGAGUUCGCUUUCUACAACUCUCUCCAGGGGAGUUCUUCUUUACAACUCUGAAGGUGUCUGGCUAUUGUGGGUUGCUUCUUGGGAGCCCUGUCAUUCUGUAUGAAAUCAUAGCUUUUGUUCUUCCUGGCCUAACAAAGGAUGAAAGAAGGUUCCUAGGACCGAUUGUCUUGGGCUCUUCAGUACUCUUCUAUGCCGGCAUUGCAUUUUCGUAUGCAGUUCUAACUCCUGCAGCCUUGAAAUUCUUUGUCAGCUAUGCGGAAGGAGCAGUGGAAUCAUUGUGGUCUAUUGAUCAAUACUUUGAGUUUAUACUGGUGCUCAUGUUCAGCACUGGCUUAUCUUUUCAGGUUCCUGUUAUACAGCUCUUGUUGGGACAAGUGGGUCUUGUUUCUGGGGAUCAAAUGUUAUCAAUAUGGAGAUAUGUUGUUGUUGGUGCUGUGGUUGCUGCCGCUGUACUUACACCCUCUACAGAUCCAUUGACGCAGAUAUUGUUGGCAGGGCCACUCGUUGGCCUUUAUUUUGGGGGUGCUUUUAUGGUUAAGCUCAUCGGUCGUUAAUUUCCAAUUUAUUGGUUGGCUUCUCAACAAUGUAUCAUCAGUCAUCGACAUGUUGAUGGCGAUUACACUGGUGUCAGUUUAGUUUAUCUCGGCGGAGUCAAGUUAUCCAAUGUUGUAUUCUCAUCUGUAUUUCUUGGAUGUAUAUUGGUUUAGUAAUGCAUCAAAGAGUAAUGCUUUAUCAUUACACUGGUGUCGGCAAUCAACUGAAGGAAAUCCAUGGUACACUAAGGCCAUUGACUGUGAUACUAAUUUUUGCUCCAAUAUCUUUAAAAUAUUCAA